AAGGGGGGCGGUGUAAGGGUGAGUGAUUUCCUUCCGGCACGUCGCCCGCUCCGGGGGAGGGGGUGGGGGGUUUCACUUCCGGGACGGUGUUCCCGGCCCAUUCCGGCCCAUUUCCACCCCCCGGAGCUUGCACCCCUCCAGUGCCGACGGUAGAGAAAGACCUUACUCCAGGGGCUUCCUCCUCACUGGGGAAUUGCCGGAAAGAGCAAACAAAAAAGGCGCUGGUGUAGGCUCCAAAAUAAACAUCUGAAUUCAUGAUGGCAACGACAGAGGCUCUUAUUGGAUUAAAAGUUCCAAAACAAACAAAAACGCUUUGGAAAAAGCAGGGUUGAAUGCCUGCCUACAACCUCAGGUACGACCAUGGAGAAAGGUGGCAACAUACAACUGGAGAUCCCUGACUUCAGCAACUCUGUCCUGAGCCAUCUAAACCAGCUGCGCAUGCAGGGCCGUCUCUGUGACAUCGUGGUCAAUGUGCAAGGACAGGCUUUUCGGGCUCACAAAGUGGUACUGGCUGCCAGCUCCCCCUAUUUCCGAGAUCACAUGUCCUUGAAUGAGAUGAGUACUGUCUCCAUUUCAGUCAUCAAGAACCCUACUGUUUUUGAACAGCUCCUUUCUUUCUGUUAUACGGGGCGGAUAUGCCUGCAACUGGCAGAUAUCAUCAGCUACCUGACAGCUGCCAGUUUUCUGCAGAUGCAGCAUAUUAUAGACAAAUGUACACAGAUCCUGGAGGGCAUUCAUUUCAAAAUUAAUGUGGCUGAGGUUGAAGCUGAAUUAAGUCAAACGAGGACAAAGCAUCCAGAGAGACCUCCAGAGUCUCAUAGUAUUACACCAAAUCUGAACCGCUCCCUUAGCCCCCGACAAAACACCCCAAAGGCAAGCCGGCGAGGUCAGGUUAGUGCCGUGCUGGAUAUCAGGGAGCUCAGUCCUCCCGAGGAGUCCACCAGCCCCCAGAUAAUUGAACAGAGUUCUGAUGUAGAGAGCCGGGAGCCCAUUCUUCGGAUCAACCGAGCAGGACAGUGGUACGUGGAGACAGGAGUAGCAGACCGAGGGGCCCGGAGUGAUGAUGAAGUUAGGGUUCUUGGAGCAGUGCACAUCAAAACUGAAAAUCUGGAGGAGUGGCUUGGGCCUGAGAAUCAGCCUUCCGGAGAAGAUGGGAGUAGUGCAGAGGAAGUCACAGCCAUGGUGAUUGACACCACAGGCCAUGGUUCUAUAGGACAGGAAAAUUAUACUUUAGGAUCUUCAGGAGCCAAGGUGGCUCGGCCAACAAGCAGUGAAAUUGACAGAUUCAGCCCCUCCGGCAGUGUUGUUCCCUUGACCGAGAGACACAGAGCGAGAAGUGAGUCUCCUGCCAGAAUGGAUGAGCCUAAGCAGCCCAGCUCCCAGGUGGAAGAGUCAGCAAUGAUGGGAGUAAGUGGCUAUGUGGAGUAUCUCCGAGAGCAGGAAGUAUCUGAGCGGUGGUUCCGGUACAACCCCCGUCUCACCUGCAUCUACUGCGCCAAAUCCUUCAACCAGAAGGGGAGCCUGGACCGCCACAUGCGCCUGCACAUGGGGAUCACACCGUUCGUCUGCCGCAUGUGUGGCAAGAAGUAUACCCGGAAAGAUCAACUGGAGUAUCACAUCCGCAAGCACACAGGCAACAAGCCCUUUCACUGUCAUGUCUGUGGCAAGAGCUUCCCCUUCCAGGCCAUCUUGAAUCAGCACUUUCGCAAAAAUCACCCUGGCUGUAUACCCCUGGAGGGGCCUCAUAGCAUCUCCCCUGAAACAACUGUCACAUCUCGAGGACAAGCUGAGGAAGAGUCACCGUCACAAGAAGAAACAGUUGCUUCCGGGGAAACCGCCCAGGGCUCUGUGUCCACUACUGGGCCGGACUGAAACAGCGAGGGGGAGGGGGCAGACCCUCUUCCCCUCUGGGCUGUAAGUAGCCAGCAUCAGGGCCACGGGCUGGUACUUAGAUUUAAAAAAUGCCACGUCACCAGAUCAGAAGAUGCUCCCAAGAUGUUGCCAAAAUAGAGGAUCAGUAACAUACACAAAAGCACUAGAGGCCUCCCCUCCUCCUUCCCACCUCACACUUUGGAAUAUAAUCAAGCAAAUCAACUUUCUAAUUCAGGGAUCAACAGCCUUGGUUUGUUAACUUUAUAAGAAAAAAAUUUUUUAACAAAAGACUGAUAAAUGGUCAUUUAUCUACCAGUCAUUUCUGAACACUGUACUUUGGUCCAUAUCAUCCUGGUGGCUGUCAUUGCCCAGAUCUGAAAAACGAAGCAAGGAGCCUUGGUCAUCUGAACCAGCCAGCCAAAAGAGAAAAGGAAGCAAUCGUGAUGGUGAUGAUGAGGGGGAGUUUCUCCUCUUCCUUCCCUGUCCACAACAUGCAGUUUCAUAUUUCAGGGGAAAAAAAAAAAAGAUGGUUCUUUUGUUUUGAAAGGUCAGACUUAAUCUCUGCCCUGACUAGGCGUCUGGUACUUUGCCUGGUCGUUUCGUGUAAGCAGCCAUCCUGGAGCAGUACACUAGGGAGCAGCAUCUCCAGAAGCACUUUAGGCAGCUGGAAGUGAGAUGAGCAGCAAAGUGUUUGCAAGAGGUACUCCUGCAUCUGGGGGCCCGAGUGUUGUGCGGAGGAAAAGGGGAACAGGGAAGGAAGUGUUUUUGUUUUGUGAUUGUCAAGCAGCACGGAGCUAGCUGUACUGCAACUUCCUGAUUGGUGUCGGUAAGCCACGGUGCUUGUGUAUCUUUGGAUGUUAGGAAAUGGCUCUAGUCCAGAUGAAUUAACGUGUAAGGCUGACUACCAAAGUUUCAUCUAGUCUCUUUGGCUCCUAGUUUCACAUAACAGCAAUAUUAUACAUCGAAAAUGUCACUUUACGGUGAAAUGAGCCUGGAUUGUAUUUUUAAAUCCACAGGUCUCCAUAUUUGAUAACUUUUAUAUGAUGUUUUAAACACAUUUUUUCUGCAGUGUUGUGGUUGAAGAAAUUCAACACUAUGGUUCUGACUGCAACCACAAUUCCAUUUCCUUCUACAUAUGUGAUAGUUUAUAUUUUCAGUCCAAUAGAAGAACUUCACUAAAUCAAUGUCUUGCGUCUGCAAACCUAGUAAUUCAUAAACCAACCAUCAGCAAAUUGCUGAUGACUCCAAGAGCUUUGCUUUUUAAUAAUACACUACAGGGCAUUUACCAGAAAACAUAGUGCACAAUCAUGUUGCAAUAAAUUGAUCAGUUUUGGUCAGGUUUGGUUACUGAAUCAUUCCUAAGAUUUUUAAAACUUCAAGGGACCUUUUUGGUAAUUCUGGGUAUUUUUCAGAUUCCUAAUCCAGCACUGAGAGUCAGAAAGAAUUUACCAAACAUGUAGAGCUUUAGAUGCCCUGUCUUGCAUGCAGAGAAUGAAGGAGGAUUAUUAAAAGAUGCAGACAAGUGAAUGCUUACAAGUUACAGUGCAAAUAGAAACAAGAAAAAUCGCUAGCUUCUCUUAAUUGAUCAUUAAUUUUUUAAAAGAGUAUUUAAAUAUGUAGUAGUUUAAGAAAUUGUUUUGGUGCAGAGGCAUAGAUGAUUGUAAAAGAGUUUUUAGGAGAGGGGCUGGCCGUGCCUGCACUGGUGAGCCAUCUGUGAGAAUGCUAGUUGCGUGCUCCCUUCCCGAGAAUGCUUUGUGGCGUGUGGAAAAGUGGGUAGGAAAGAAUGGCAUUGCUUUGAUGACAGGAGGUCAGAAUGCAAAGGGUAACUCUUAAGCAGUCCGAGACUCGUGCAUAUUCAUACAGCUGCACCGUAUGUAUCACUAGAGAAUGGUUAUUUUCUCUUCUGGGAAAACAUAGAAAUGCAUCUUUUAAUAGGAGUGUAGUGAUGCUACCAUUUGAUUAGAGCCUACCCUUAAACAUGCUGAAGCCGUGUUUUAUUUUUAGAAGACAUAGACUAUGGCACUCUCCUCUUUAGUUGGGCAAUAGCAUUAUAAGGUAAAAACUGUCACCUAGGGCCAUCUUAGGGACCACCUAUGCUCUGGGGCAUAGAAAAAGUGGCAUAGAAAUUAGAGUGAAAUCUUUUAGGGAAACAUUUCAGCUGGUAAUCAAGGCUUUCAGUGGACAGAUUUUGCCAUGCCUAAACAGGCAGGGAGGUGAGAGGUACAGAAUAUGCUGCUUUAGAUGGAGCUUUUAAACUUACCAAAAAAAAAAAAAUUAAGUUCAUCCUACUUUUGAGAAGUAGUAUGCUGGAAAGUUGUUUAUUGCUUUGUUAGUUUCUUAGAUUUUUAUGUGAGAAAAUAGAGCUUUUUAAACUUUCACCAAAUUGUGAGAAAGUACAGUCAUUUCUUUAAAGAGAAAGUUUGCAGCAUUUGUCAGUACUCCAUCCAGGGUUGGCAACAAACAUGUGAAGUGAAGUGGGGACUGUCUGGUAGCUGUGGAAAUGCUGUGAGUGUUUGGUGGGUUCCCCCUCCCUUUGUAGUCACUGCUAAUAGGCUUUUGCUGUACUGAUACUGUGAAUAGAGUGCUUCUUGAUAGAUGGUCUAGGCCACAUCAGCACAGUCAUGUUUGCUGGUUCUCUCCUCUUAAUGGGCCUAGCGCAGAGCCAUGAAAUUCAUGAACAUUCAAGCCAGCCUAGCUUUUAAACACAUUUAAGUUUCUGAAAGCAAUUUCCCCAUUUUAGUUAGAAGAGAGAUUAUUAUUGUUGUACACAGCUAUCUAAGGUUCUUAUCCAGGUUCACUGUGACGUUGUCCUCGUUCUUAGCUGACAUCACUGUAGGGUCAUAGCAGUUAGUAGUGUUCUGUCUACAUAAAUGAAUAGCUAUAUUGGUGUGUGCACAGAGGAUACCUCUCUUAAGGAUGUACUAAAUGGACUUUAGCUAAUGCUGAAAACUCAUUACCAAAUCUUAACUUGCACAUGUCACCUUGUGAAGGGAACUGCAUUAGCAAUGAGAGCUGAAUCAUUGUUAAGUACUUUAAUGCCGCCGUGAAAUAGCAAACACUGGGACUCUUCAUUUAUUGAGUGGCACUUAAUAGCAAAGGAGCUACUCAAUAUUCUCACCAGAAGAAGAGAGAUGACAAUAUAUUGGUCUACUUUCAUUCUAAGAGGUACCUUUUAUUCUCUCAGAACUCUACCAGUAUAAAAUAUGGCAUUGGGGUGAGCAGUAAUACUGUACUUAGGCAGAAGGCUCUUUCUAAUGACUUGUUCUCUCUUUACUCAGAACCAUAUUUACCUCUGAGCUGAGUUGAGUUUUAUUUUCUGUGAAUUGCAAACUAUCCCCAAGCCAUUCCAUUAUACCAGAGGGUCAGAUCUAAUCUUGCAUAUGUAAAAAUAAAUUAAUUCCUGAAAGAUAAAGAUUGGAAAAGAAGGGAUAUAGAAGUUAAGGGAAGUUUUCUUCUUACUUUUUUAUUAUGAUUAUUAUUUUUAAUGUUUCCAGUUCCCUCUCCGUCACUGAAAUAGGGUUUUCCAAAGAUGGCAUGACAAUAGAAAUAAACCAUAGUCGAAAUCUGGCCUUGGUUGGAAGUGGUCGGACGGAAGAGUGAAGUAGUGAACUUCAUCCUUAGUAACUGAAUGAAUAGUCUUUGGUCAAGAAGCAACUUUUGAAAAGUUACAGCUGUUACUUAACACUAAUUUUGUUUUAACUGGUAAAAACUGCAUUUUGUUUGACUAGAAAAUCUAAUUUAGAGGAAUGAAAGCAAUGGGUAAUGGAAAGGAAAUUUAAUUGAACGAAGAGAAAAGUCUUCUUAGUCAUAGUGGAAAGGCAUUUAAUCAAGAAGGAUCUGGAAUCCUGGAAGUUUUUAUUUUUUCAGCUGGUUUUUUCUCUUCCCCAAAUGUUCUCCUUAUUUGUGUACUUAACUCAUCUACUGUUUUUUGUUUUUUGCACUUAUUCAUUCAGUAUUUUGGAGAUUGAGAAAAAGGACAACAAGCAAUCAAGCCAAGUUAAUCCUUUAAACCCUGAGAGGAUGCCCCUUAGCAAAGUAUAUCUCAAGGAUUUAGGAAUUAGAUUAUGGUUUAGCAAACCACAGCCCCCUGGCCAAAUCCUGAGGUCACCUAUUGUAUAAAGAAAGCAAUAGUGGAAUAAAGGGACAUCUAUUUGUUUAGGACUUAUUUAUGGCUACCGGCUACUGUAAUGGCAAGUUGAGUACUUGUGACAGAGACCACAUGGCCUGCAACACCUGAAAAUAUUUGCCUUCUGGAACUUGACAAAAAAGGUUUGGCAACUCUAGAAUUAAAUUUGAAAGAAUUACCCCCUCGAACUUGUCACGCCUGCCAUUUUGCCUUUAUAAUAGCUUGGUUGAGGUUUUACAUUCACGUUGCCCUGUAUGCAUCAGCUUCUUGAAAGAGGCUGCCAUCUUUUUCUAGAUCCUUUUCUCAUAACCGUCUUUGUGUUCCUUCCUGAUUCCUUCCUGAUUCCCAUUGCUUUAAAGUGUUUGGAAUAGGCCUUAUGAUUUGUCCUUGCCUUAAAUGUGCAGGUAGAUUAAAGUUUAGGAUGGUAGUUGCAGAUUUAACAAACUAAUUUUUAAAAAUCAUUCCCAUGCAUAUUAAUAUAGGGUUAAAUGGAUACCAUGUUUACAUAAAAUAUUGUAAAAAAAAUAAUGUUUUUAUAAGCAUUGCCAUUUCUGAGUUAUAAUGAUGGCAAGAAUAAAUUUAUUCCCACUAGUAUUAAAAAUUAAUUUGUUAUGAAUAAGUGAUUUGAUUCUUAUCCAAAGUACUGUUUUUUUGGUUAGAAACCUCUGCCCAUUUCCUGCACUAUACAUCUUCAUUUUAAUUUCCUCAAGUAAACUUACUCUGUUCCACGUGGAAUAUAAAAAGCCAAAAUCUUUGCUUUUUUUUAAAUGAACAUUUUAAAACAAUGAAACAGCUGAGGAUUUAAAAUUCUUCUUAGACCUAUCUUCCAAUUUCUGUUAUUGUCUGUAAUUCUUCUAAAUAUAUAUUGGGUCAUUAUAUAAUUGCUUUGUUCAUUCUUCCUGUUCAGUAGCUUAUUUAUGCCAGUUGUUGUGGAAAAAACGGAAAAUGUUAGGAUGAUGGUAAACAGAAUUCCUUCCACGAGGAGAAUAUAAUUGGAAACAAUACAUGGACUUCUGAGUUUUAUCUGAACAAAGUGUUCGAGGCCAUGCUGAUACAAUACAGUGGGUUUGAUUCUUACUUUGUUGUGAGCUCUACUGACACAUGCAAAGUUUGGAUGAGCGACCUAGCCUUGUAUAGGGCAUCUCUUCAGUAGGCAUUUUAUUCUUAAAGUUGCACUUUUCUGAGUUGGCUAUUAGUAGGUUUUGUAUGUUACACCCUCUGAGUAGUAGAUAAUCCUCAUCUAAAAGAUUUCAGAAUAUUUGCCUCUGUUAGAUCUGCCUUGUCUUAGAGCACUUAUAGUAAUAGUGGGUUCUUGAGAUUUUGGAGUGCUACUUUUCCAGUUAAUUUGAGAUUCUGAUUAAUCUAGGACAUAGGACUUGUGAAAGAAAUUGGAUUUAGAUAGCCCAGUGAAACCUCUGCAUCCAUUUCCAUAUGGAUCUGUUGAAAACAGUGGAGUUUGCCAAGCAUUGCAACCUCUUUGAUAAUUAUCGGUCUUACGUUGUUUUGCCUCCUUCCUGGUGUCUUUCUCUGUUUUCACUAUUUUUACUCUUAAGUGGUACUUUUCCUAGGGCCACUCUUUUUACUUUGCAUUAAGUAAGCUUUCUUGCUCAGGACAAGCCAAAAUUGAAUAUUAUGCAUACUUUGAAACCUUACUUAAUUACACUCCAGAGGAUGUAAUUGUUGAUAGGAACACUGAUAUCAGUACCUGGACGAUAUCUGUACACACUGUUGCUUCUGUUGUGUAGACAAACUAUCUUUUCCCUCAGUUGUGAGGAACAGCAGUGACUUAGAAGGCAAAUGUCACCUGAAAUGUACAUUAUGUAGAAGGCACAUAUAUAAAUUACUUAUCUUACAUCUUCCCCAUUAUCUGUACAAUAAAUACUUCCCAUCUUAACAUAAUUAAGAAGGCCCAGUAGCUCAAAUAGUGAAAGCUUUAAACAACAAAGCUAAGUCAUAAAGGCAGAGCAGUUAAGGGGGAAAAAAAAACUUUUCCAAUGCUUACUUUUUUCAUGUCUACUCAGUAAGUCCUGUUGAAGAAGCUAGAAUUCACCAUCCAGUUGAGCGAUAAUGUGUUCAGCAUCUCAUGUGACCAACAGCACAAUUUAAUAGGUUGUGAAUCUUAGAAUCUGAAUUAAUCCAUAAUGCCAGAAGUCAAAGUAUCUGUCUCUUUGGAAAAUGUUUCCUGUUUUACGGAAUCACUUACCCUAAGUGGUAGGUAGCAUACAGGAGAAUCUGUUCCAUUAAGUAAAUAUUGAGUAAUUCUCAGUACCAGGCAAUGUGCUUGGAAUUUGUGUAACAAAACUGAUUUUAGGCAUAGUUUAGAUGUGGCUUUCUAUACUUGAGGGUCCUAAACCCACUUGGUUGGAGCUGGAUGUAUGCUUUUUUAAAAGCCUGCACUUUUUACUACAGAGAUAAAAGGUCAAAAAGAAGGGGACAGAAUUAACUAUACUAAGUGCUUUAGUGACAUAAUUGCAGUAAAUCCUAAAAAUAAUCCUAUGAGGUAGUAUCAGUAGUAACUAAAAAUAGCUGACUCUUUUUUGAGUGUUUACCAUGUGCCAGGCACAGUUCUAUGUGCCUCACGUUAAUUAAUUCAUCUAAUCCUUAUGACAAUCCCAUUAGGGUAGAUACUCUUAUUAUCCUCACUUUAGAGAGAAAGAACCUGAGACACAAAGAGGUUGGUUGACCUAGGCAGUCUUACACUAGAGUUGACACUCUUAAUAGACUAUGUUGCAUUUAAUAGGUAUAAUUAUAUUACAUUUUCUAGAUGGGAAACUGUUGAGCCCAAGAUUACCAAAUGAAUAAAUUGCAGAGCCAGUAUUUACCAGUCUGAUUCCAAAGCCUAGACUGUCUCCAGUACAUCAUAUUAACUCUGUUUACUUACAAAGAAUUGGAGUGAACUAGCAUAUGCAAUAGCCAGUAACAGUACUGUGUUUCAUGAACUUUUAAUUCAAGAAUAAGUGAUUGGAAGAUUUCUUCAAAAGAUAACGCAGUUGAUCUCUGAGCAGAUGUUGAACGGUGAAUAUUUUCUGGGGAUAUUGCCCACGAAUUCAGAGGAGUCACCCAUUUGGCAGGUCCAAUUGUGAAUGAAUGAGUGAGUUACUACCAAGGCAAAAAUUGAGAGAGAGCAUUCCAGUUAUCUAUUGCCGUGUAACAAACUACUCUAAACUUUAGUGACAAAAUAACAAGUACUUUCCACAUUUUAUGAUGAUAUGCAUCAGAAAUUCAGGAAGGGCUUGUGUAGGCAGUUUCUUGUUCCCUGUGGUGACACCUCAGGUCACCUGGUAGUAUUCAGCAGGUGGUUGGGCUGGUCUGGAGUGUCCAAGACAAUCUGACCCACAUUCCUGACACCUUGGCAGGGAGGGGUAGAAGACUAGCCUCUCUCUGGAGUCUCAGAGACUCUCCAUCUGAUCUCUCCAUCGAAAUGGUCAGACUUACGGAAUGGCAGCUCAGGCCUCCAAGAGGCUGGGCAGAGGGUGCCAGUCGUCUUAAAGGCCAGACCCAGCUCUGUCAUAGAAUCACCACCAUAUACUAUUGGUCAAAGAAGUCACUGGUCAGCUCAGAUUCAAGGGGAAAGGGAACACCUUACCACUUAUUUAAGGUGUGUCAAGGAUUUGGGGUCAUCUUUAAUCUAUUAUAGGUAGCAUUAGGUUUUUUGAUUUGUCUUAACUCUUGUGUAUUCAUUGAUUUAGGUCAGUUGUCUGUGCCAUAGAAACCAUUUAUUAUAUCUCCCGUAGGUCAGUAAAGGGGCCAGAAGGAGAAUGAGACAAAUGUCUGGAACGAUUUCAUUAGCUUCCCACCCCCUGAGUUCCAUUUAUCUUAUAGUAAAGUUUCCACUUUUAAUUUUGUUCCAAGUUCCAAAUUGUGAGUAUUUGCCUUUUUGUUUUCUGUGAAGCCACAGUAAAUGUACAUGCUAAACCGCAAAUACUCCAGAGGGAGUAAAAAGCUUACUGUUAUAGAUCUUGAUUCAUUAGAGAUGUCAACUGUGUUUUAAGUUUACAGAUAGGCAAAAACUCCUGUGGUAUGGAAAAUUUACAUGGCUGCUAAAUCUCUUUUGAUAGGAGUUUCUAUUGCGUGGCUGGAUGGAUCAUAUUCUUGAGAUGAUUGAAAGUUUUGCCUACAUAUCUUAGUCCAUCUUUACUGCCACCACACCACUUCUGGCACAGAUUUGUGCUAGAAGGUGAAUAGGUUCAUUCCAUUUUUAUUAAUCCUUCAUAUGGGAAAAUCAAUCGCCCAAUUUUAUAUGUUGUUAAUCCUUUAAAAUUAGCGGUUGCUACCAGCUUCUUUGAUCUAAAAUAACAGAUCAUUGAAGUUUUAUGAUCUUUGGUUAAAUCUGUCAAAUAUAGGAUGCUUUAUUUAAACUUCCUGCUGGCUUGUAAAUAGACUUCCAUUGCCUUUAGAAGAAAUAAAGGCAGAGAAUAAAUUCUGCUCUAAAAAUGAUCAUCCCCAAAUCAAUACACUUUCUAAGAGAAGAAAGGUUUGGUAUUAACUAUGCAUUCCAUGUGCAGUGGCUUCCUAGAGAAUUAGUUGUGAGGGCUUCUUGCUGGUCAUCCCCAAUUAUCAUCUAGUAAAGAGAUCUCUGUUCCUGGGUCAGGCCUCAGGAAUUGCAGAUACAGGAAAUAAAAGGGUUAUUCAGGGCUCAAGAUUCAAUUUUGGAAUCUAGAAAAUGCUGGGAAGGGAAAAAGAAGACUUGCAUUUGUAGUUGGAUAACCAGGGAUGGGGUGUUUGAGUCAUUUCGGCAUCAGGAUUAAUUAGAUUUUAUCAUGUAAAGAUUAGAGCAAAUUUUGAUGGGGAAAAAUAAAUGGGCAUUAACAUUUUCUUUUUUAUCCAUAUUGCUACUCUGCUGUACCUCAAAGUCUGCUCAUUGUGACAGAGAAAGCCUUUGAAAGUAUAUUCCCAGGGAAUGAAAAAUUGGUUUGAGGUACUUUUGCCACAAGCAUUUUUGCAAACAUUUUCACCAUGUAAUUAAUUGGCCAUAAGGCAAUUUUGCUAUAAAAGAUAAUGAAACAUAAAAGAGGGACAUUUAAAAAGGACAUAAUGCAGGGGGAGGGUAUAGCUCAAGUGGUAGAGGGCAUGCUUAGCAUACAUGAGGUCCUGGGGUUCAAUCCCCAGUACCUCCACUAAAGAAAAAAUAAUAAUAAUAAUGAUAAAUAAGCCUAAUUACCUCUCCCUGCAAAACAAAUUGAAAAAAUAAAAGGACACAGUGAAAUAUGAAAAAUGAAUAAUUAAACACUUGAUUGCAAAAUACGAAAUAUUUGAAUACAUUUAAAAUGUGUGUAGAUUCAUGGCAAUCCUGCACAAGUAACUGGUUUUAUUUUGUGGGUUGUACCUAAGCACUUGUCUUUCAGGUCUUUCUUUAGUUCAUAAUAUUUUAUACUUUUUUUUUUUUGCUUGUUGAUUCAUCUGCUCAUUCAGCAUUGCAUUUUUUUUUUUGCUUAAAUUUUUCCCUUCGUUAAGAGAGAUAUCAGUUUCUGAAUACCAGGAUGUGCAUAUUUGUAAUGAGUUGUGAAAGCCACUGCACUGUUGUUUGUUCUUGGUAUCUUGUCACAUGUCUGUUCAUAGAUAUUCCAAAGUUCUGUGGGAAAUGUGGGUUCAACCGUGCACCUUUGAGGCUUUUGACCCCUUUAUCCUCCAACAUAGUAUGUUGCAAAAUAGGAAACCAACUCUCGGGGCAAAUCAUUACCAUCUGUCAGCUCAGUAAAGCCAUCAGUAAUGUUGAAACCCAUUUCAACCAGUCAAAACCAAACUGCCAAACCAAAAACUGUUAUCCAGUAAUUUUAUUUUUGAGGCAAAAUUGUCUUACAGCCAGUUAUGCUGUGAAAAUGUCUGCAGCAAAGAUGCUUACAGCAAAAAUACUGGACACUUGAAAAAUCUUUUGAUAAUCUAUGGAGAUGUCUCUCAUUCGGUAACGUCUAGCUCUUUGGGCCCUCCUCUGGAUUCUCUGUGACUCUUAAGUUUAAACUCAUGUGGUGGUUGUACGAAAACUAAGUACAGUUGACUCUUGAACAAUGUGAGAGUUUAGGGCACUGACCCUCUGCGGGUGGAAAAUCCCCCAUCACUUGCAGUUGGCCUCCAUGUCUGCAGUUUCUCUGCACCUGGGAAUUCAACCAGCUGCUGAUCACGUAGUACUGUAGCAUUUACUAUUGGAAAAAAACAGGGUAUAAGUGGACCCACACAGUUCAAAUGUUGGUCAGGGAGCAACUGUACUGUGGUCUUGAAUUGCAAGAGAAGAGUCAGAAGGGAACCUGCACAUUGACAACAUAUUUAUUCUUUCUUUUCAGCAUCACAAGUCUAAACCAUUUCAAGCCAAUCACAGCAAUCUGAGUGAGUAGAAAUUCCUUAAGCAGUUUAGACUUCUGCUUUUAGCACAUCUUAAAGCAGGUGUUUUUGACUUAUUAGAAGGUGAUCUACUGAAUUUCCUCUAAAGGAAUAGAAUCCUAACUACAGUGGUUCUUUAAGAACCACUGCAAAAACAGAAUUACAACAAAAGGAACAAAGCUUAAAAUGUGUUUCCUCUGGAAGCCAAGAUGCUAAAAUAGGGGUCACUGAGAGUGUGGCUGAAAUCCACCUCCAGAAUGGCUAUCAGUCAGAUAGCAGAGAUAUUUAGAAUUUAUAUGGUAUUUGUGAUAUUUUUACAAAAAUGAUUUUAAAUCAUGUAACUUGACGUUUUAAAAAAAUGAACCUGUUUUCUUUUUGGAAAGCUGGUCCAGUAAAAGUAACACUAAUAUAAUUCAAUUGUAUAUGCAUGUGCAUUGAACACAAAGUGGUAUACUAAAGAUAGUUCAUGCAAAUAACUAUUGUGGGAAGUUUGGCUAUUUUCUUAAUAUCUUUUUUCAUAAAUGUAUGUUUAUAAAUAUAUUUACUCAUCCACUAUGAGCUUGGUAGCUUUAGAAGCAUUUUUGUUAGCUGUGUAUCAUUGAUUAUAAAAAUCAAAGUCUUGGCAUAGUAGGCUAGGAGAGCUUUUCGUUGCUUUGUUUGUAUUUUGGCCAAGAAAAUUACUUCUUGCACUUUCUGUUCAUGAAGAUGUUACAACACAUUGCACCCACUCAGUGCAGCUGUUCUUCAGAGACAAAAGAUGUAGGUGUUAAGGUGGAACGUAUGGUUAAAAGCCUGGCGGAAGGAGGGAUCUCGAACGAACAAACUUGGCUUGCGUCUACCUGAGAAGAGCUGGGGGGUUCAUGUAAAAUUUACAUUGGAAGUCGCUGUUGGGAUAGGUGUGCUGUUGCGACGAGUUGCAAUAUCAUUGUGAGUUGCCAGCUAUGUGUAUGUGAUUUUAUGUGUGUAUGUGAGAAAAAGGUGUCUGAUGAAGGCAGAUAAGUCGGUGUAGAAAAUUCUACCUCCCGCUAAAAACUGAGAAUAUUCCAAGAUUGCCCUGUAACCCGCUGGGCAGGGAGGCUGGACUCCUCAGCCAGUGCCCACCCCAUUCUCUUUUGUACUCACUUCAGCCCCUCUACCUCUGAGCACUUGGCUGAAGAAAAGUGUAGCUUUCUGUAGUAAGCAAAGGAAAGCCAGACCCAAAAUAUAGAGGCUGCAGUACUUUUGGUUCUCCUUGUCAUGUUCAGAUGUGAAUGUUUAGCUCUUCUGCCCAAAUCAAACAGCGUCAGGACACUUGGGUUUAGUGCUUUUACCCACUGGCUUGUAUUUGGGAAGAGUAGCCCCUGGAAGUGGGAGUCCUUCUGUUGUUUUUGAAGACGCACCCAACUCCUUUUAAUGAUGUGAAAUCUUAUUUGAGUCCUGAGUUUUUUCAUUUUUGAUUGCCAUUUGCAGUCCAUUUUGGGGGACUGGAAUAUAAACCAUAUUUUCCUGAUAAUGAGCCUUCUGCCAGUAUCUUGACGUAUGCAUGACACAGAUUUUUGGAUGACCUGUUUUGCUUUUAGACACUCUGAAGAGAGAUAUUUCUGUUUUUAAUGCCAAUAACUAUCAUAAUAGUCAAGAUAGCCUCAUUUGAAUGUUAUGAGUGUCAGGAAAUUCAGUUUCAGUAGUAAAAUGCCACUAGGCAGACCACCUAAUCUUUAAAUCCAGUUGUAGCACUCAACUGAUUUGCUGUUUGGGGCACCAGUACACUGAGCCUGACUUUUGAGCAUGUGUUACAGCUGAGGAAGGACUACUGGCCCUUUAAUAAAAGUCUUGGAAUAACGCUUUCCACCUUUCUAUUCUAAUGCGCUAGCUGGUUAUAAUGUCCAAACAGGGAUUUUCUGGUUAGGAGUGAAAAGUGAAAGAGCGAUCCAUUUUCAGAUUUUUGGAGGUUGGCAUCUGUGUUUUAGGUACUAGCAAAUAAGUAUUUACUUUCCUGGUGACUGGUUAGGGCAAGUGACAAUACAGGCAGUGUGAAAUUCCAAAUGAGACAAGCAGUACUCACUGGUAACAACUGAUACAGUAACCUUUGCCUGAAGACAGUAUGAAUCCUGUAGGGAGAUGAGGCAGUAAAUUCAUGUGAAUCUAUUUACCACAACUGUUCUUUCUCUAACUAUAGAAUAAUUGUCAGCCUUUAAGCUAUGCUACUAAUAUCCUAGACUCAGGAAUUAGCUCCUGCUUAGGAAAAUUCUUUCUCUGGCUUAUCUUUUGUUUGUGCUCAGUGUCUUGGCCUAGGCCUGUUGAGCUGUUUUGCUACAGACACAUGUGUAAGGUCCAGUUCUACCUAAAUCAGUAAUUUAUUGUCAGCAGUGCAGCCUAUGACAGCCAAAGUAAUUAAAUAGAAAAACAAAGAAGUGAGAAAUGCCUUCGUGACUUCUUUGAGGCAUGUCAAACCUAUGAGUCUGGGAGGAAGCACAGAUUCUUACCUUCCUUCCAUCUGGCUUGGGUGAACAGUGGCCUUAAUGCUUUCUGUUACAGAGCUGGUUGACCUAGGCAAGUAGUCCUUCAUCUUGGCUGCACAUUAGAACCACCUGGAGCAUUUAACAAGUUACUCACGUCUCGGGCUCCCUUCAGACGUUCAUGUUUACACUUGGCCGGCUCUGCAUCCUCGGCUUUAAAAGCUUCCCAGGGGAUUCUGGGGGCAGCCAAACUUGAGAAUUGUUGUCUAGGCAAUCCUGAGUGGUCUCUGGCAGGAUGACCUCUACCUGGUUCUUUGUUGUUGUUGUUGUUGUAAGAUACCUUAAUUGGUAACUCAGGCAUGGCUCUGACUUUAAAACCCACAAUGGGCCAAGCGGUAAAAUGGCUCAUCUGUUUGUCCUCACAGUAAUUCUGCAGAGAGGUGUUGCCAUCCACCUCGUUUCCUCUGUUUACCAAACACAAAAUAUGCAUAAGUAAGCAAAACAAGUUUUCAAAGUCUGCUCCCUAGAAUCCUCUUUCCCUUGCAUAUGUGAUUUGAGUGGAGAUUUUUCAACUCUGCUAGCUGAAAUAGAUAGAGCACUUGAACUUAGAAGAGCCAAGCCCAAGCCUAGGGGGAUUUCCUUUUGUAAAAUAAAUAGGUAGCAUUGUUAAAGUUAAUGAAGAAAAAGAACAGUCCUUCCUGGCACGAUGGUGAUACAUUUGAUUGUUUGUCUCUUAGCCUGUCUUCUAAGUGGGAUUACAGUGUAAAGUGAAUUUCACUUUUCUUGUUUCUUUGUGAAUGAAAUGCACUAUCUAAGGCGUAAAUAGUUCUGAAUUUUAUAUAAAAUGUGAAAUGAGUCAUUUUAGCUUUGUUCCAGGAUGUCAGAGACCUGACCCAGUAAUUCCCAAAUGAGGUUCCAUGUCUUUCAUUCUUCCCACCCCAGGUAUAAGGAUACUUGCCUAUGGCAACCUUGCACAUGGUCAUGGGGAGGGGAGAAUUGUUUGAUUAUCCCUAAAAAAGUGAGAACCACUGUUCAAACUAGCUACCAAGUGAUUUCUAGUUUAUGAGAGAAAUCUGUGUUUAAGAGCAAGUUCAGACAUAGCAGUCUCUCUUCUGAGAGAAUUCUGGGCACUGUAGAAAUUUUCAAUCAUACAUUGCCUACAAAUGAUUGAUAAUUUAAAAUUUCAAAUAGGUGAUGUGUUCAAGAAGAAAAAGUGGGUGGAAGGAAAGAUGGUUAGUGCAGAGGACUGAAUUAGCAUCAGGCUAUUAAGUUUCAUUAAAAUAACAUUAAGGUCUGGCUAUUUUCUUAGCAUGUAUCUGCUGCAAUGUCAGAGAAAAUGCCUCCUAUGCCUUAGACAGCUUCUGAAGGCUUUCUGCUGUUAGGUGGAAUAGACCAGCAAUAGCCUUUGGGACUUAAAUGCACCCAGAGAGUAGUCCAUUAGGGUUUUCAUAGUGAAAAACAUUGUGGAGUACUGUGAAACAUUGUUGAACUUUAUGCAAAUCGUACUGCACUGGAUUUUAAGAUUUUGGGAGGGAGAGUAGAGGAGGAGGAUGGGGAAGUAAUGGUAAAAAAUAAAUAUAUAAACUUGUGCUUUAUUUUGUGCAAGGAAUGAAACAAUUCCCUGUGAGGAAUUCUGUCAGGACUGUGACGUUCAGCCAAGUUCUUUUGCCCUAAUUGGCUUGCUAAUUCCUCUGAAACUUCUAAGAAAUCCUUUCUGAAAGAGCUAAACGACAGCUAGCCUGACUGCAGGUUCACCACACUGCCCAUCCCCCUGCUCACCGUAAGAGAAAAACAUUCCCAUACUGUAGGCAAAAGAAGUGUUUCAGUCCGUUAACUUUUCAUCCUCUAUGGUCUGUGUUCACAGUUUUAGUCCUGUUGUUCUUUUUUUUUUUUUUUUUGUUUGUGUGUGAUCUAAAGGCAGAACUU